UCUCCAGGCUAAAUCAAUUGGUACCAGAAGAGCCAAGAAGCCACACAUGCAGCUGCCUCUUUGCUCUGGCCCUCCCAACCUCUCCCUUCUCUGCUUUCCUGUCAGUGUUACUCCAGAAGACAUUCACAUCUAAUCAACCUCUCUCAAGCAUCUCCAAGCUACUGAGUAUAUAUAUUUUACUACAAGAGCCCCGGGAAGAGGGGCAAGUGUGAGACUUCAACACUUCGACUUAAAAAGAUCAUCAACGAAUUUCCUGAAAUGUUUAAGAACAAUUAAAAGGAACCUGCGUUUUCAAGCUAUCAACUAAGCGAGCAAUCAUACCACCCACCUCCUAAGACACCGUCGCUCGGGUGAGGCGGUCGGCGAGAUGACAGCUGCUUUUUCAUCUGUGAAUGUAAUAAAUAUUGGCUGCUUUUAAUAUUUGCCAGGACCUCUCCUUCUUGUUCCCCGGAAUUUUAACUCUAAAAGAUUGGCGAAAAGAUUAUCUACAAGGCUUUGGCAAGCCUCCAAAAUGAUGCUGAGUCCGGACCAAGCCGCCGACUCAGAUCACCCCAGCUCGACACACUCGGACCCCGAGUCUCUGGGCGGCGCAGACGCCAAGGUGCUGGGCAGCGUGUCGGACCUGGAGCCGGUAGAGGAGGUGGACGGCGACAACAAGGGCGGCAGCCGGGCCGCACUCUACCCGCAUCCGCAGCAGCUGAGCCGCGAGGAGAAGCGCCGCCGCAGGCGCGCGACCGCCAAGUACCGCUCGGCUCACGCCACCCGCGAGCGCAUCCGCGUGGAGGCCUUCAACCUGGCCUUCGCCGAGCUCCGCAAACUGCUGCCCACGCUGCCCCCGGACAAGAAGCUCUCCAAGAUCGAGAUCCUGCGCCUGGCCAUCUGCUACAUCUCCUAUCUCAACCACGUCCUGGACGUGUAGGGCGGGGGACGCCACAGGACG